CGGGCGGACGGACGGACGGCCGGCCGGGCCCGCGGCGCCGCCGGCUGUGGGAUGGGCGCGCGGAGCGUGGUGUGAAGGCCUACUUUGGAAGUGCCGGGUGUGAGAGACAGCACAAGAACCAAGAUGGCACUCCCCUUUCAAAAGGAGCUGGAGAAAUACAAGAACAUCGAUGAAGAUGAGCUUCUUGGCAAACUGUCAGAGGAGGAGCUGAAACAGUUGGAAAAUGUCCUAGAUGACCUUGAUCCUGAGAGUGCAACACUUCCGGCUGGAUUCCGGCAGAAGGACCAGACACAGAAAGCAGCCACUGGCCCCUUUGACCGGGAGCACCUCCUCAUGUACCUGGAGAAGGAGGCUUUGGAACAGAAAGACAGGGAAGACGUUGUGCCCUUCACUGGAGAAAAGAAAGGGAGAGUUUUCAUCCCCAAAGAAAAGCCUGUGGAAACUCAUAAAGAAGAAAAAGUGACGUUGGACCCAGAACUAGAAGAAGCUUUGGCCAGCGCCUCUGACACUGAACUCUAUGACCUGGCGGCUGUGCUUGGAGUCCACAAUUUGCUCAACAAUCCAAAGUUUGAUGAAGAAACAACCAACAGCAAAGGCGGCAAGGGGCCCGUGAGGAAUGUGGUCAAAGGUGAAAAAGUAAAGCCAAUAUUUGAAGAACCACCCAAUCCCACGAAUGUAGAAGCCAGUCUGCAGCAGAUAAAAGCCAAUGACCCCAGCCUGCAAGAAGUCAACCUCAACAACAUCAAGAACAUUCCAAUUCCAACCCUGAAGGAAUUUGCAAAGGCCCUGGAGACCAACAGUCAUGUGAAGAAGUUUAGCCUGGCUGCUACUCGCAGCAACGACCCUGUGGCCAUUGCUUUUGCAGAUAUGCUGAAAGUAAACAAGACCUUGAAAAGUCUAAACGUAGAGUCCAAUUUUAUUACGGGAACUGGGAUCUUGGCUCUGGUGGAUGCACUGAGGGAAAACGACACGUUGACCGAAAUCAAGAUUGACAACCAGAGGCAGCAGCUGGGAACCGCUGUGGAGAUGGAGAUGGCCCAGAUGUUGGAGGAGAAUUCCCGGAUCCUCAAGUUCGGAUACCAGUUCACCAAGCAGGGGCCUCGGACCAGGGUGGCAGCCGCCAUCACCAAGAAUAAUGACUUGGUUCGUAAGAAGAGAGUUGAAGGAGACCGAAGGUAAAUGUCUGUGGGAAGAGGGAACGUUUCACCACGCAGCUGUUGGCAAGCGGAACCAAACUCCUCUCCUCUCCAUGGGACCAUUUGAUCAAAGGUCACUUAUUUCCGUUAACCAUACAACUAAUAAUUUAAUUGCUACUCUUUGCGACCAUGACUUAUUUAUAUGGGAUUCUUAGUGUUUUUCUCACUCCUCUGUACCUCUGGCAUUUUGUACAAGGGGAUGGAUGUAGAUCGUGGACAGUGGUGACCCUGAAAAAUGACUUUAGUCACUGUCCUACAAGAUUAUUUUUGCUUUGUCACAUACACUAUGUGUUUGUAACUGUGAUUGUGGUAGAGACCUAUCUCUGUUUACACGCAUAGCUCUGAGUUAGGCUCAAUAUUCACAAAGUGUUCAGCUUAUCACAUAAGAAGUUAGUAUUGCCAAUCUUCCCCUCAGGGAGAAAAUUGUGACCUAUUUAGCACAAAUUCUCCCCUCAGAUGCCCACUUGAUUGAAGAUGAAAGUUAUUACUGUCAUAAAUAAGAAAACAUUGUGACUCUUUAAAGCCAGGCACUAGUGGCUCACACCUGUCAUUCUAGUUACUCAGGAGGCUGAGAUCUGAAGAU